CAAAAGAAAAAGUUAUGUAUGAAAAAGAAGCAAAACAGCAAGAAGAAAAGAUUGAAAAAAUGAAAGCUGAAGCAUGUGAUGAUUAUGGAAUUAAGAAGCAGAUUGAGAUCUUACAAGAGUCACGAAUGAUGAUUCCAGACUGCCAGCGCAGAUUAGAAGUUGCACGUGCAGAUCUUACUCAGCUCCUAGAAAAUGAAAAAGAAUUGGAAGAAGCCGAAGAGUAUAAAGAAGCACGUUGCAUACUGGAGUCAGUGAAGCUGGAAGCCUAGUUUUUCAGUACUGUCUUUAUAUGCAUUAGCACUGGGUCCAUUCCACACUUUCAUUUGACUGUGGCUCUACUACUAUUGUUGACUUGCUAAGGUUCCAUUUAUGCAAACUGGCCUUUCUCUAACUGCAAGAUGCAUCAAAUAAAGGAUGUUCUGAAACA